CAAACAUCUAUGUGUUAUCUAUCAASCGAUUCUUAAACAUGAACCCAUCUCUAUUUUAUGUUUCCUUCAUUCUCUUCAUCAUCACCAGCGGCAUUGCAUCCGCCACCCAAGAUGCCGUAAAAGAUGCUACCGGGAAAAAGGUCUUGAACGGUGUUCCCUACCACAUUGGUCCAGUCACGGCGGCUAAAGGUGGCGGAUUCAAGUUAACCAACACAAUGCACAAUAAGACAAUAUGUCCAUUCGACGUGGUKCAGGAUCCAUCUGCAUCUAACCUUGGUGAUACUUUCAUGUUCACUCUGAUCACUGAAGGAGAGCGGCUCAAAUAUCUCCUCACAAACCACAAUCUUGGUAUUGAUUCGGGGUUGCUAAAAGGUCCAUGCGACAAGUCGACAUUUUGGACGAUCCCUGAUGCUGAAGCAAAGGCACCUGAAAACUUGAUWACAACUGGUGGGAGUUUYGAAGAGGAUAUUACAUGUUUUCAGCUUGURGAGUAUCCAAAACCGACAAAUCCAAAGGUGCACAGCUACAUGCUUCAACACUGUCCCUAUCAUUGUGGAGGAGCUGUUUAUGCUUGCUUUAACGUAAGCAUUUACSUAGAUAAGGGGGUCAGACGUUUGGCUUCCACGGGUACUCCUUUCGAGUUUGUGUUCCAUAAGGUGCCCAAUUAAGUGAUAUUAAUCGGAGCUCAAAAUAUGUAAGGAAUGUGUGGAUUUUAUUCCAAUAAAAACAAGUUAUGCUUGUACUCCAGAGAUCAAAUCCACUCUCUCUUUUUUACUAUAUAAAGUUUAAGCUUGCCUAUAAGUCCAUUAA